AUGCAGAGUAUCAUAUCAAAGGAUGAAGAAAAGGGACGAUCACAGUCGUCACGUGAAAGACCUAUACGAAAUCGUGUAAAAGGCGGCUAUCACGUGAAAUCAAAAGGUUUGAAUUCAAAUAUGAAGUAUAAGACUUUGGUUGUGGAUUUGAACUUGAGUCUGAGUUUGAGUCACACGGUUUACACCAGACCAGAAUUUAUUAUGAUACUUAAACCAAGGAAGAAGUCUACUGGAUCCGCAAACAAGCGAAAGGGGAAAUCUACUCAAAGUGAAAGUGCCUCGUCAAAUGCUAGAAAUGCAUCCGAUAGUAGUGAUUCGGAUGAGAAACUUUCUCAAGAUAACACCAGCAUUGGCCAGAAUAAGAGCAAGUCUGGCGGGAAAUCGGGUGCUCGGAAAAGUAGGAACAAGCGUGCUGCUGAAAAAAUACUUGUUGCUAUUCAGAAGAGGCAUAAGAAAAUGUUGGCUCAAGAUGCUGAUUCAGCUAGCGCUGGACCUACUUUGUCCAGAGAUAUCAAACUUCGUUCCCGGACACGGAAAGAAGAUGAAUUUGCAAGUUCAUCUCCACAUAAGAAAGGGAAUUUGAGUACUAAUGAAAGGUCAAAGAAAGGUUCCCUUGCCUUGUGCAGUUCCAAAUCCAUAAAUUGUGGGGGUUCUAGUGAUCCUCUAAUUAUGGCAUCAAACAGUCAGUCUACUGGUAUUUUGGAUUAUGUGUCAAGGAAAGAGGAACUUGUAGAUGAAAGCCCAGGGAAACGGGAACUAAAUAAUGAUAAAUCUUGGAAGGCUCUUGAAAAAGCUCUUUAUGAAAAGGGUUUAGAGAUAUUUGGCAAGAACAGUUGUUUGAUCUCUAGAAACCUUUUAAAUGGAUUGAAAACAUGUUCAGAGGUCUACCAGUACAUGACUCUUUUGAAUACUAAGCUAUCCGGUCAAAUUGGUGAAGAUGGAACUAACCUUGACUGCUCUGAAGCUAUGGGCGAUGAAGACAGGGGAAGAUCAAGAUAUGUUCGGAGGAGAGGUAGAGUUCGUCGUUUGAAGUACACUUGGAAGUCUACUGGCUAUCAUUCAAUUAGAAAAAGGAUUUCAGAGAGGAAAGAUCAGCCUUGUCGUCAAUAUAAUCCUUGUGGGUGUGGGACUGCUUGUGGGAAGCAGUGUCCAUGCCUUUUAAAUGGCACAUGCUGUGAAAAAUACUGCGGGUGUCCUAAGAGCUGCAAAAACAGAUUCCGGGGCUGCCACUGUGCUAAAAGUCAGUGCAGAAGUCGUCAAUGUCCUUGCUUUGCUGCCGAUAGGGAAUGUGAUCCAGAUGUCUGUCGUAAUUGUUGGGUUAGUUGUGGUGAUGGUACACUUGGUAUCCCGAAUCAAAGAGGUGACAAUUAUGGUUGUAGAAAUAUGAAGCUUUUGCUCAAGCAGCAGCAGCGGGUUCUACUUGGUAGGUCUGAUGUUUCUGGGUGGGGAGCUUUUCUUAAGAAUGGUGUUGGAAAACAUGAAUACCUCGGAGAGUACACUGGGGAGUUAAUCUCACAUCGGGAAGCUGACAAACAUGGCAAGAUAUAUGAUCGUGAAAAUUCUUCUAAUUGA